AUGGAGAAGAAAGAAAGAAGUGAUGGUGGCAGUAGCAGCUCAAUUAGUUUGAUAGAUUUGGUGUUUUCAUGGUCCAUUCAAGAUGUCCUCAAUACAAAUCUUUACAAAGCCCUGGUGAAGAAGAUCCCUGAGACAUUCAAGUCUACUGCAGAGUACUUGAACUCCUUUCUUGCUCCUCUUAUUGAGGAAACGCAUGCAGACUUGUUCUCAAGCAUGACAAGGCUGGCUCGGGCACCAUCACGUGAAGUGUUUUCUGUUGAAAGGGAUAAGGAUUACAAAGCGCCCAGAGACUUGUUUUAUAAGAUUGUUUUGAGGAGAGACUCUAAUGGGAGUGAUCAUUUAGUAACAUAUCAGCCACAGACGGGAGAUCUUGUUGCUUUAACAAAUGUAAGACCAGACUGCAUCAGCGAUUUGAACGGGCCUAAAUUUUCUUAUCUUCUUGCAUAUGUCCAAGCUGUAGACAGUGAUAAUGUAUCCAUAUUAUCAUCAAAGCCAGUCAUGACUGAACAAAAGACGCUGUUGGGACAAAGAUCUCAAAAUAUAUCUCAACAGAAGCAUACUCUCUUUUUUGUCUUUUUAAUUAAUAUGACUACCAAUAUUCGUAUAUGGAAGGCUUUGCACCCGGACCUUAAAGGAGGGAACCUGAAGAUGAUAAACAAAGUUAUUGAAAUGAAUGGAGCUGAUGAAGAAGAUUGUGCCAUGUGCUUAUAUCAAAAGAACUGUGUCACAGUUCCUUCAUUUAAAUCUUACGGGUUAAAUGACUCCCAAGAAGCUGUAAUUAUAAGUUGCAUUAAUAGUUGGUGUUGCAAUCAUCAAAAUACUGUUAAACUCGUAUGGGGUCCUCCAGGGACAGGGAAAACUAAAAUAGCAGGUUUGUUGUUGUUGUCUCUUCUUAGAAUGAAAUGCAGGACAAUUACGUGUGCUCCAACUAACAUUGCGGCGUUGGAAGUGACAUCUCGGCUUAUGAGAUUAGUUGCAGGGACACUUGAAUAUGACACUUACGGAUUUGGAGAUAUAGUUUUAUUUGGGAAUAUAGAGAGGAUGAGGAUUAAUGAUCAUGAGGAUCUCCUUGAUGUUUUUCUCGAUUAUCGUGUUGAGAUAUUGGAUAAGUGUUUUUCACCACUCUCUGGAUGGAAAAUAAGUUUAGUGUCAAUGAUAAAUUUGCUUGAAGAUCCUCAAGAGCAGUACGGUCGAUACUUAGCAAAUAGAGGGCUGGGAAACAGUGAUGCGAACAAUGAAAUGGAAAAUGAAAACUGUGAUGAGAACCUCAAAGACACGAGCAGGAAUCCUUGGAAAAAAGUUAUCAUGGAGUCCUCGAAACAGAAAGAAACCAAUAAAAAACAGGUAACUCAUGAAAAUGAAAAUCAUUCAAAGCCUGAAAAAGAAGAGGAUAGAUAUGGAGCUUCCCUGGAGAAAACCAAUGCACAGGAAGCAGAAACAUGUAUGGAUGAUUCUAUAACUUUAGAGGAAUUUGUCAAGGAGAGAUUUUCGGUCUUCAAUGAGCGGUUGAAGUUUUGUACUGUAAACUUGUACACUCACUUACCAACUCAAUUUAUUUCAUUAGAACUGGUGAAGAGCAUGAUGAUGGCUCUGGAUAUGCUCAGAUCCCUUGAAACUUUGUUUAAUUGUUUUAAUUUUGGUGAUGAAGGUUUUAGGGAGGCACUUGCAGAUACUGAAAAAGGAAGUGAAGUUAGUGACAUGGCAAAGUUAGGAGUCAUAAGACAAAACUGCCUGCAGAUACUCAAAUCGCUUCCUCUGUCAUUUUCAGUUCCAGAGUUUACUCAAAAAUUCCUCAUAAAUAAUUUUUGUUUGGAUAAUGCGUGCCUGCUUUUCUGUACCGCAUCAAGCUCUUCUAAAUUAAGUACAGAAAGAACACGACCACUGGAUUUGUUGGUUAUCGAUGAAGCUGCUCAACUUAAAGAAUGUGAAUCAACAAUUCCCUUUCAACUUCCAGGUCUCCGCCAUGCUGUUCUUAUAGGAGAUGAGCGCCAACUUCCUGCAGUGAUCCACAGCAAGGCUAAAUUUGGAAGAAGUUUGUUUGAAAGGCUUGUCUUACUAGGACAAAAGAAACAAUUACUCAAUGUCCAGUAUAGGAUGCAUCCAGCUAUAAGCUCAUUUCCAAAUAACGAAUUCUAUGAUGGGAAAAUUUUGGAUGCCGCAAUAGUAAAACACAGAAGCCAUGAGAAGCGUUUUCUUCAUGGAAACAUGUAUGGUGCCUACUCGUUUAUCAAUGUAGCCAGUGGAAAGGAGCAACUAGAUCAUCUGCCUGGUCGAAAAAAUAUGGUUGAGGUUGCUGUGGUUUGUAAGAUAGUUGCUAGCCUCUUCAAUGAGUUCACUGGCACAAAACAAAGAAUUUGUAUUGGUGUUAUAUCGCCCUACAAGGCUCAAGUUCUUGCAAUUCAAGAGAAGCUUGAAAAGAAAUACACCGGUUAUGCUGACAGUGGCUUCGCUGUUAGCAUUGCCACUGUUGAUGGAUUUCAAGGGAAUGAGAAGGAUGUGGUUAUCGUCUCUACUGUCAGGUGUAACAUAAAUGGAUCAGUCGGUUUUCUGUCCAAUCGCCAACGGGCAAAUGUUGCAUUGACACGUGCGAGGCAUUGCCUUUGGGUAUUGGGGAAUGAAGCUACUUUUGUUAAAAGUAAUUCUGUAUGGAAGAAACUAGUUGCUGAUGCAAAGAGAAGGGGUUGUUUCUUUAAUGCUGAUGAAGACAAACAUUUGGCUGAAGCUAUUGUUACUACCUUGAUUGAGCUUGAACAAUUUGAUACCCUGCUUAGCAUGGAUUCUCCACUGUUUAAGAAGGCUAGAUGGAGGGUUUGCUUCAGCAAUGACUUUUGGAAAUCUUUGGCGAGCAUCAACAACAUAGAGUCAUAUAAGCAAAUGCUUAACCUGUUAGAAAAGCUUUCAAGUGGUUGGCGUCAAACUCCCGAUCAGCAGAAAAACCACAUUGUGGUUGGGGGUUGUUUUGGCCUGCUGGAAGUGUAUCCAGUCGAUGAUUCCUUGAAUCUCCUUUGGAGUGUAGACAUCAUUAAGGAAAAUUCAAACUUCAUCCAAGUUUUGAAGGUUUGGGAUAUUUUGCCAUUGAUGGAUAUACCAAAAGCUGAAAGGAAUCUACGGAUCUUAUUUGGAGAAUACACAGAAAAUAAGAUUAGUCGCUGCAAAUAUCAGUGUCUGGAAGGGAAUUUGGUUGUUCCAAUGAAAUGGGAAGUGGAGGACAGCCGCACUCAGGGUACUGGGCAUGGAGAUGAAAGCAUGGAGAGCUCGUCAAAAUAUGUGCCUGAAUUUGUGGAGAAUGUGCAUGCAAGUGGCAACAUCAAUUCCUUUAGUUUUUAUCUCUUAGGCGUUGUUAUCGUUGUCAUCGCUUUCAAGUUUCUGAUGUUCAAAGAAAAUUGA